AUGGGGGCCAGAAGCAGGUACCUAGGUCCAAAAACUUACAGUUUUAGUUCAACAACAGAUUCCAGUGCUGCUGCAAAUCUUGAUAAAUCUGUUCUUAAGGUAAUGAUAAAUGGUAAUUUGGAGAAAAGGAUUAUUGAUGUAAUCAAUGACCAUAAAAACCAAAAUGACGACAAAGGAAUGAUUUCCAGAAGACUUACUGCUAAGAAACUACAGGAUGUAUAUAUGGCUUUACAGAGGUUCUCUUUUAAGACUGACCACAUUGAAGAAGCAAUGAAAAAUACACUUCUGUAUGGUGGUGAUCUUCACUCUGCUCUUGAUUGGCUUUGUUUAAACCUUCCUGAUGAUGCCUUGCCUGAAGGUUUUAGCCAGCAGUUUGAAGAACAGCAACAGAAGCCUAGAGCAAAAUUUUGUUCUCCUGUGUCACAACGUGAACCUCCACCUCACUCAGUAGAUAACAAAAAGAAAGAAAAUGGCCCUGAAACUAAGGAGAUGAAUGGGGGGAAGGAGAAAGAAGUGAGUAUGAAGGAAUGGAUUUUGCGAUAUGCUGAGCAACAAAGUGAUGAAGAGAAGAAUGAGUCUGUGAAGGAGUCAGAUGAAGAAAAGUUUGACCCAAAUGAGAGGUAUGUACAUCUGGCUGCCAAGCUUUCAGAAGAAAAAGACCAAGCAAGCAUCUCCAAGCAAGACAAAGACAAGCAAGGCCAGAAGGUAGCACAGGAGAAAAUAAGAAGAAUUCAGCAAGAAAUGGCAAUACUUGAAGAACAUCCGGUAUUUAAUCCGGCAAUAAAGAUUUCAAACCAACAGCAAAAUGAGAAGAAAAAACCUCCCUUACCUCAGCCUCAAGAAACCACUUUGAAUUUGAGCCUGCUUGAAAAACCAGAUGGUGCUGCAAAGGAAGACAAAGUGAAAAAGAAAGAACCGCUAGAUAUAAGAAAUUUUGAUUAUAGUGCUCGAAGCUGGACCGGUAAAUCUCCAAAACAAUUUUUGAUUGACUGGUGCAGGAAGAAUUUUCCCAAGAGCCCAAAUCCUGCUUUUGAAAAGGUUCCAGUUGGAAAAUAUUGGAAAUGUAGGGUCAGGAUUACCAAAUCGUCAGAUGAUGUAAUGGCAAUGUGUCCUACAAUUGUAACAGAAGAUAGUAUGCAAGCGCAACAUCUAGCUGCUACUUUGGCACUCUAUCAUUUAACCAAAGGGCAGUCAGUUCAUCAGUUACUGCCUCCUACUUACCGAGAUGUCUGGCUGGAAUGGAGGGAUAUUGAAAAGAAAAAGGAAGAAGAAAACAAGAUAGAAACCAACAAACCUCGUGAUAACUUUAUUGCUAGAUUAUUAAACAAACUCAAACAGCAACAACAGAUACAGUCUGAAAACCAACCAAAAGUAUCUGAGGGUCCUGAAGAUUCCUGGGAAAAUUUAGUUUCUGAUGAGGAGUUCAGCAGUCUCUCCCUUGAGACCUCAGACACAGAUGAUUUGGAACCUUCAAGGAUUUUGUUCAAAAAGCUGCAAAGUUCCUCCAGAUACCAGAGGCUUCUGAAAGAGAGACAGGAGUUACCUGUGUUUAAGCACAGAUACUCGAUUGUAGAAACUCUUAAAAAACAUCGAGUAGUUGUUGUGGCUGGUGAAACAGGCAGUGGGAAGAGUACCCAGGUGCCCCAUUUCCUGUUGGAAGACUUGUUGCUAGAUGAAGGAUCAAAUAAAUGUAAUAUUGUUUGCACACAACCCCGAAGAAUCUCAGCAGUCAGUUUGGCAACCAGGGUUUGUGAAGAGCUAGGCUGCGAAUCAGGACCAGGAGGAAAAAAUUCCCUGUGUGGAUAUCAGAUUCGUAUGGAAUCAAGAACAGGAGAAGCCACCAGGCUACUGUACUGUACAACAGGUGUCCUGCUUCGGAAACUUCAAGAAGAUGGUCUUCUUUCAAGUAUAUCUCAUGUUAUUGUAGAUGAGGUACAUGAAAGAAGUGUCCAGUCUGAUUUCCUCCUAGUUAUUCUGAAGGAGAUCUUGCAUAAGCGUUCAGACCUGCAUCUGAUUUUAAUGAGUGCUACUGUAGACAGUGAGAAGUUUUCCAGCUAUUUCUCACACUGUCCCAUUUUAAGGAUCUCAGGGAGGAGUUACCCUGUUGAGAUUUUCCAUGUUGAAGAUGUAAUUGAAGCAACUGGCUAUGUUCUGGAGAAAGACUCAGAAUAUUGUCAGAAGUUCUUAGAGGAGGAGGAGGAGGAAGUAAGAAUAAAUGUUACUGGCAAAGGAGGAAGCACUACAAAGUAUCAGGAGUAUGUCCCAAUCCAGUCUGGAUCUGGUAUUGAUUUGGCUCCUUACUAUGCAAAGUAUAGCAGUCGUACACAGCAGGCUAUCUUCUAUAUGAAUCCUUACAAGAUCAACCUUGAACUUAUUUUGGAGUUGCUUGCAUACUUAGAUAGAAGUCCUCAGUUCAAGAACAUUGAGGGUGCUGUGCUGAUCUUUUUACCAGGCCUUGCCCAUAUCCAACAGCUGUAUGAUCUCAUUUCAACUGACAGAAGAUUUAACUUGCGUGACAGGCACAGGUUGAUAGCUUUGCAUUCUGUUCUGUCAACUCAAGAUCAAGCAGCUGCAUUUACAAUACCUCCCCUUGGUAUCAGAAAGAUUGUUUUGGCAACCAAUAUAGCAGAGACAGGUAUUACAAUACCAGAUGUUGUCUUUGUAAUUGAUACUGGGAGAACAAAAGAAAAUAGGUAUCACGAAAGUAGUCAGAUGAGUUCCCUGGAGGAGACCUUUGUUAGUAAAGCUAGUGCUCUGCAGCGACAAGGAAGAGCUGGGCGUGUUAGGGAUGGAUUCUGCUUCCGAAUGUACACAAGAGACAGGUUUGAAAGCUUCAUGGAAUACUCUGUUCCAGAAAUAUUGCGUGUGCCUUUGGAGGAAUUAUGCCUUCAUAUUAUGAAAUGCAAUCUUGGCUCUCCUGAAGAUUUCCUUUCCAGAGCAUUAGACCCACCACAGCAGCAAGUAAUUGGUAAUGCAAUGAACCUGUUGAGGAAGAUUGGGGCUUGUCUGUUAAAUGAGCCCAAGCUGACUCCAUUGGGCCAGCACCUUGCAGCCCUUCCUGUCAAUGUAAAGAUUGGCAAAAUGCUUAUAUUUGGUGCUAUAUUCGGCUGCUUGGAUCCUGUGGCAACUCUGGCUGCUGUUAUGACAGAAAAAUCCCCAUUUACUACGCCAAUUGGUCGAAAAGAUGAAGCAGAUCUUGCAAAAUCAUCUCUAGCAAUGGCAGUUUCAGACCAUAUAACAAUCUACAAUGCUUAUCUGGGGUGGAAACGGGCUCGACAAGAAGGGGGGUAUCGUGCUGAAAUGACUUAUUGCAGAAGAAAUUUCCUUAAUAGGACUUCACUGUUAACUCUGGAGGAUGUGAAGCAAGAACUCAUAAGGGUGGUCAGAGCAGCAGGCUUCACAGCACCUACAACGCAAUGUGGAUGGGAUGGAAAUGGAGCCACACAAUCCCUUCCUCUCCACGAAAUAGCUCUUCUUAAAGCUGUGUUGACUGCAGGGCUGUAUGACAACGUAGGAAAAAUAAUGUAUACAAAGUCUGUGGAUAUUACAGAGAAGCUGGCUUGUAUGGUAGAAACAGCUCAGGGUAAAGCACAAGUGCAUCCCUCCUCUGUAAAUCGAGACUUGCAGACAUACGGAUGGCUCCUUUACCAGGAGAAGGUGAGGUACACUAAGGUAUAUUUGAGAGAGACUACUUUAAUAUCCCCCUUUCCCAUUUUGCUUUUUGGUGGGGAUAUAGAAGUCCAGCAUCGGGAGCGCCUCCUGACAGUUGAUGGCUGGAUCCAUUUUCAGGCUCCUGUAAAGAUAGCAGUAAUUUUCAAACAGCUGAGAGUUCUCAUUGAGUCUGUUUUAAAGAGGAAGCUUGAAAAUCCUAAAAUGUCACUUGAAGAUGACAAGGUCUUACACAUCAUCAAAGAACUGAUAAAAACAGAGAAUGGUAACUGAAACCAGGAAUCAGUAAUAAACCAGAGUUUCAGUAAUGGCAGGGGAAAUAUGCACUCCAGCGUUAACUGAAAGUAUUUAAAUGCUUAGUGUGGUUGAUACCAGCCAUGAUGUGGAAAGACUGCAUGAUUUUGCAUAAAAUUUGCCUUUCUCUAUGUCAUUUUUAAAGAUGAACAUUGAAUAUGUUUAGCCUUUACAAUACAUUUGGUGCCAUUUG